AUGACAACUUUAAAGAUGAUCACACUGUGUCUGAUAUUUACACUUCUCGUAGAGAUGGUUGAUGUGCUAGCUGGAACUGAGUCUUCAUCCAUACGUCAAGAGAGUGGUCUCAUGUCAGCCAACGUUGGAGACACAGUGGUUUUGCACUGCUUUCAAGAAAGUGACAUGGCAGUAUUGUUCUCUUGGUACAAGCAAACCUUGGGAGAUAAACUUCAACUCUUCUCAACUGUCAAUAAGUUUGAAAGGAACGCAACAUUCUACCAUGAGUUUAAGGAUAACCCUCGCUUCUCGGUGGAAAAUGGCCAAGAAAAGAAUCACCUAAGGAUCUCAGACAUGCAGCUGUCAGAUUCAGGCACUUACUACUGUGGGAGCUCUUAUAGCAAUAAGAUGGAGUUUGGAGAAGGAGCCAUUGUCAUUGUAAAAGGGUCCAGAAACAUGACUGUGCUCCAGCAAUCUGUGUCUGAGUCAGUCCAGCCAGGAGACUCUGUGACACUGAACUGUACAAUACACACUGAGACCUGUGCAGGAGAAUACAGUGUCUAUUGGUUCCGACAUGGCUCAGGAGAAUCCCAUCCAGGAAUCAUUUACACCCAUGGAGAUAGGAGUGAUCAGUGUGAGAAGAGCCCUGGGGCUGGGUCUCCUACACAGAGCUGUGUCUUCAACCUCCCCAAGAGGAACCUCAUCCUCUCUGAUGCUGGGACUUACUACUGUGCUGUGGCCUCAUGUGGGCAGAUACUGUUUGGGAAAGGGACCAAGCUGGACAUUGAGGGCCAUAGAGCAGACCCUCUUCUCUUGUUGUACUGCCUGGGUGUAGCAUUGGCUCUUUCAUUCAUCCUGAUCAUUGCACUUGCUAGCAUCAUGUACAAGAUGAACAAGAGAAAGUGCAGAGAACUGGUCUCUCAGACAAGAGGUCCUACAGUUUCCCAGACAGACGCAGGGGCCGAAGAUGCAGACAGUCUCCAUUACGUAGCUCUGAAUCUGAGCAACAAGAACAACAGGUCUAGAAGACAGAGAAGCAACAUGGAGGAAGAGACGGUGUACUCUGGGAUCAGACAGUAGAACUGGAUGAAUGAAACAGUUGUCAUUGUAUGCAAGAUACCUC